GACUAGUUUGGGAGGAAUGUGAGAGAAAAAAUAGUAGGGUUUAUAUUAGGCGGUUUUAUAGGGAUUAAUGAGUAGAUAGGAAGAAAUACUAGGGUGUUAAAAGCAAAGCAAAAGGAAAAUUUGCUGCAUAACGAGUAUGUGUUCGUUUUGUUACAUUUAGAUUCGGGAUAACUUCAUAUUUACCCCUUUUUAGAGAUCAUUAACUAAAUAUACACAGCAAGAAUAUUUAGUUAACUUAUACCCAGUUUUAUAGUUAUAUUUCCUGUACUACUCUUACUCAAAUACACAUAAUUAGCUCUUCCUCCCUUCUCAACUCCACCACCAUCGAUUUUCCACCGAUUUCUCCACCACCAUCGAUUUCUCCCUCUCCCAUCGAUUUUCCACCACCAUCUCCACUACACUACUGUUCCACCAUCUCCACUGCACUGUUGUUCAUCGAUUUUCCACUUCUGUUCCUCUGCCACAGCCACCCCUAUUAUCUGUUUGGUUUGUACUUGACAGACCAGGUCUUGAUCUAAGUAAACAACCACCUGCCGUCCGCUUGAACAAGGAAUUAGAUUUUAUCUUGACAUUAAAGUUGAAGGAAAUGGACAAGAUAAUAUUAUUUGUAGUUUUUAUCGGAAUAUGGAAUGCAAACAACAAAUAUGUUGAUCAUGAAGUGAAAAUAUUGAUGGUGGAAAAGGAUAUUAAGUACGUGGAAUUGGUAAACAAGAUAUACAAAGAGCUUAGAUUGAAUGAAAGUUUGAUUUCAACAAACUUGAUUUUUGAUGCAAAUAUGGAUACAAACAAAGGAAUGAAGAUAGAAAGUGAUGAGAAUUUACAAGUUUAUCUAAACUUGAACAAGACUAUGGAAGAGUUGAAAAAAUGCCCUCUCAUUGUUGAAGUAGAACAGAGAAACCAAACCCUUUCUUUGCCAAGAGAAGCUAGCAUUCCAUCUGCUUUAGCAAGCAAUUCAACAAAUCACAGUUUGACUCUCACAGACCCCAAUACAAUUAUUGCAAGCACUAGCAAGAUGAAGAGCGCCUCAACACAAGAAUCCAACAAAAUUACAGAACACGGGCAAGAAGCUCAAUCACCUCUGCAUGUAUUGCCGAAUAUGGAGAUUGAAGACAUAAGAGUCAAUUAUGUUUUCAAGAAUAAGUGUAACGCCUUGGUUACCCCAGAACAGUUACGGUGAACGGUGAACCGGAAAUUUGACUCGCUACCCGAGUCCUUUGGUUAAAAACGUGAUCUAGGUACUAUUAUCAAGUUAAGGUGAAAAAAACAAUAGAAAGGAAAUGGUACAUUUCAUUAAGUAAAUAAACUGCUCAUGAGCCUUU